GUUACUUCGGUAUCUGCCUGGGCACCAGCAGCUACCUGCGCCAACCCCUCGCACCUCCAGCGGUGCGUGAGCAAGGCUUGGCCGUCACUGCUGGAUCCUACAACCCGCCACACAAUGGACAUCUCGAAGUGGUAAGAUACCUCUCAGCGAGGUAUGAGCGGGUGCACAUGGUCAUUGGGGUAAACCCGUCCAAGACCUAUGCCGUGAGCCCGUACGUCCGACAGGAGCUUCUUCGGGCAAUGCUCAAAGAGCUGGGCCUGACGAAUGUGGAAGUCUUCAUUGUAUAUAGCUAUCUCUGGAAGCAUGCGCAGAAGCACGGUGCCAAAGUCAUGUACCGUGGAAUACGCAGCUUGCAGAAGGACGGCCUGGACGAGAAGAAGCUGGAGUUUCUGAACUUGGCGGGCCAGCUCAUUAUCGCCGGCCGACGUCCGAUCCCAACGGCUUACAUCCAGGCAGAUCCAAGGUUUCUACAUAUCUCUUCGACCUUGCUGCGAAAGCGGCUGCAAGAUCGCGAGACGAUUGCCGACCUUGUGCCUCCUGGCUCUGCAUCUCUGGUCCAAGAAGCCUACGGAUAG